UCCGGGAGGACAUAUUACCGCGGUGCACAAGAAGAAAGUUGCUUGAUGGCUGCCAAGCAGCAGACAGCUAACUGUGGCUGUAAAGGCAUCCGGACUUGCCUGAUAUGUGAGGUAAAUGAUGACAAGCGACAUCUGCUGGACAAGAAAGCCUCGGUGCAUUAUGAUUUCACCUAUGAUCAGGAGUCAAAAUUAGCAGUACCAAAUGCUGGUAAUGUUCAUCAGGCUUUUCCAUUUCCUGGUGUUUUCCUGUGGGAAAACUUUGUGUCCGAGGAUGAGGAAAAAGAGCUGGUUGCUAAAAUGGACCAAGACGUCUGGAGAGAGUCUCAGUCUGGUCGGCGUAAACAGGACUUUGGACCGAAGGUAAACUUCAAAAAGCGGCGUGUACGCCUCGGUGGUUUUAGUGGCCUCCCUGCGAACAGUCAUAAACUAGUGGACAAGAUGUCCAAAGAGCCUCUGCUGGCUGAUUUCCUCCCUGUAGAGCAGUGCAACCUGGAGUACAGUCCCGAACGCGGCUCCGCCAUCGACCCUCACCUGGAUGACAGCUGGCUGUGGGGGGAGCGCCUGGUUACUCUCAAUAUGCUCUCUGACACUGUGAUCACCAUGAGCUUAGACCAGGGCUGGGGGGAUAUGGACCGAGGCGAGGUCAGGGUGGCUGUUAAUAUACCUCGGAGGUGUUUAUUUGUCAUGUACGGUGAGGCACGCCACCGAUGGAAGCACGCCAUACACCGGGAGCACAUACACAGCCGGCGGGUGUGCAGCACCUUCAGAGAGCUGACUCCCGAGUUUCUGAACGGUGGAGAGCAGGAGAAGUUGGGGUCAGAGCUGCUGGAUGUAGCGUCAAGCUUUAAAGGUGUUCCUGUGUCAUGAAGAGAUUAUUUAUGGAUGAACUGGAUGAAUUCAUCUGAAUUCAGUGAACCAGAAUGUUUGUUUUUAAACAUGAUGCAAAUAUGUACUAGAUGUAUGCUAUGUGACGUUCAAUGUUGCAACAUGCUCGUGUUUGGUAUGGUGUAAGAUUUUUAUCCAUUAUGCAAAAUCCAAAUGGAAUAACUUGAUGAUUUUAAGAUUUCUCUCUUGAUAAAGAGCAACAUGAGAAACAAAUGCAAUAAUAAAAUGUAAUGGAAAUGAGAGUUUGAAAGAAACUAUUCAUUUACUUUCAUUAUUAAAAUCAAUAUGCAAAUAUUUCUUUUUUUACCUUUUGUCCCAAAGCACUAAAAGUUCAUUUGUGGCACAUUUUCCUGGCAGAAACAUCCCCAACAAUUAAAAAAUACAGUACAAGAACCAGAGACAUAGACCAUUAGUAAUUUAAAUAAUUUUUUUUUAUUCCUCGAGUGACUACACAAAAAAUUCAGAUAGAAGUUCAACACACCAUUAUUAAUCUCCUUGUACCUUUUUGUGUAAUAUUAAAUGCCCUUGUAUUCUGUUCCACUUUGAACCAAGCGAAGUGGGAGUCUCAGAUACACGUCUCAUGGAUGUUUUACAUCCUCCAUUCUGUUACAUGAAAAAAAUGUACAGCUCUGGAAAAAAAUAAGAGACCACUGCAAAA